UAGUGUGUAUGUUUUGACUGUACAUAUACACCGCCAUGUGACUCUGACAUUUCCUGAACAUCAAAGAAAUUUGCAUUUAUAAGCUCAUGGGGAAAAGAGGACUCAGUCUUUAAUAAUGAAUAUUAGUUAAAUUUCUUAUGUGUGCUGUUAGAUAUCAGCAAAAGGCAUCUUAACUCAUCAUAUUAAAGCAGGACAAGCAGUGGUAUUCUUUUUCUUAUAAAGGCUUCAGAUAAAAUCUAAAGUCUGGACUUCUGCUAGUAAUUGAAUUAAAAUAAACUGUAACAACUUGAGCUUUCUCUGACAAUUCUUUCUGCUUUCUAAUGUUUGUGUUUUGUCUUAACAACAGCCCAGCACUUCCUUAUUAAUACAACUCGUAGUCAAGUAGAGGCAGUUUCGAUGCAUCUGAGUCUUUCAAAGCUGAUACUCAGAGAUUGCUAUUUUCAGUAUGCGAAACAGACAGAGGGGAUCCCAGCUGGGCUUGCUGCUCCUUGCCUCCCAGGUGUUUCAACUGGGUCUGAACAAUAUCCCUCCCAUCACUCUGGCUGUCCUGGCUCUCAAUGUGUACCUUUACCUAUUCCCUGCUGCCCCACUGUUUCAGGCCUGUGUUAGUGUGCAGCAGGCCUACUGGUUAAAAGACUGGCGUAGACUCCUGCUGUCCCCACUGCACCAUGCAGACGACUGGCAUCUUUACUUCAACAUGGUGUCCUUCCUCUGGAAAGGUAGAAGGCUGGAGCAACGGCUGGGUGGGCCCUGGUUCCUUUACCUGCUCUCAGUGUUCUCUCUGCUUACUGGACUGGUCUAUCUAGUGUUGGAGGCGUUGUUAACAGAGCUCAUGCAGGACCAGUCGUACAGCAUGGCGUGUGCUGUUGGCUUCUCAGGUGUCCUGUUUGCUUUGAAGGUACUCAAUAACCAUUACUACCCCGGAAGUGUGACCUAUGUGAUGGGAUUACCUGUGUCUAGUCGCUAUGCUAGCUGGGUAGAGCUGGUGCUUAUCCACAUAACAUCACCCGGGUGAGUUACAUGUCCGUAAUUCGUAUCUGUAAAGUAAUGGCUCCGGUUCUGGCUCCGUUCCUCUUCACCAUCUACACUGCAGACUUCUCCCACAACUCCACCCA